AUGAGCAAAACCCGUCCUUGCUUGAAACCAAACUGCCACAGGACUGUCGAGGAAGCAAGUGAACGGCUGACUCUGCUACUUAGCCUACAACUUUUCGGUGGGCGUGCCUCGGCUUCAGAGCUUCUUGGAGACUCCCUGCAGCCCCCUUUCUGCGGCAGCCGGUGUGCCCUGGCGGGCCGCCGGUUCCGGUUCCUGCGGAAGCACUCCCCUGAGCUCUCCCUUCGCGCCGUCGCAGGCGCCUGGAGCCGGGAGGCGGUGGAUCACUUCCUGAGGCUUCAACGCAUCGGAGCGAGGGACGGGGCGGCCGUCAGGUGGUUCCACGCCGCGAACAGCAAGGCCCGAGUUGUGGAGGCCGCAAGAAGUGAUGUUCACAUGAUAGAAGCAGAUGUUCUUCUUCGUGGUGGCCAGGGAGAAAAUGGAGACCCUAUCAUGGCUCAUCCACCUGAAACAGACAGUGACAUCACAUUGCAGGAAUGGCUACAAGAGAUUGUCAACACAGAUAAAGGCAUCAAGCUGGAUUUUAAGAGUCUAGAAGCUGUGAAGCCUUCCUUGGAGCUUCUUGAACACAUGAAGCAGCAUUUGAGGCGACCUGUUUGGAUCAAUGCAGACGUCCUGCCAGGGCCUAAUGGAAGUAAUGCUGCAGUGGAUGCAAAAAGCUUCCUUGACACUGUCACUUCGUUUUUCCCGAACGUAACCUUAUCGCUUGGAUGGACGACUGGCUGGCACCCUGACAAACACAAUAAAGGCUAUGACUGGGUGAUGGUGACAGAAAUGGCUCAGAUAUGCAGUACACUGCUCCAGCCUGUCACUUUCCCUGUAAGAGCAGCAUUGGUACCACAGUCAGUAUCUGAACUGUGUUGGUUAAUGCAGCAGUCAGAGAGAUACAGCCUCACAGUUUGGACAGGAAGGGAAGAUGUGUAUUCUGUGGAAGAUUUGCUUUACAUCCGAGAAAACUUUUCUAAAAGUAGAGUUUACUAUGAUAUUUUAGAGCCACAAAACUCUGAAUUCAAAAAAGCCAUAGGAAUAGAAUAAUAGAU